AUUUGAUUUUGAGUGUGACUUACCGGACUACGGAUUACCACCAUACAAGCAGGCAUGGCGUUCGUGAAAUUUUUCGUUGCUAUCUUCGCAGCACUGCUCGCUCUUGCAACGGCAGUCCCUGUACCAGGAGGAUAUCAUCAUAAGCACGUGAAGAUCAUCGUUCCGCACUACGUGCACACGCACAACGUACACCAUCACCACGUGAAGACCGUACACGUGCCGGUGCCUGUGAUCAAGAAGGUGUACGUCCACGAAGAGCCCCACAUCAUCCACCACGAUCAUCACGAGCUCCACCACGACGACCAUCACGACAUCCAUCACAGCUGGUGGUAAACCAUACAAGUAGUCCAAUGCAGCUAGUUCCACACUACUGUUGUACCUGCGCGCAACAGCGAAGUCACAUCUCAUUAGUUCCCCAUCGCAUCCAAGGGUGGAGGAAAGUGCAAGACACUUCGCUAUGCUUUAGAUAUAGCCAGUAUGCUUGUAGUUCCCUAGGCUCUUGCUCAUCAUUGUAUAUACCUUCGUAUAGUUUAAGGAUUAUGUCUGUAUAUUGCUCAAAAUAUUUGUAAAAUUGUAGUUAAGUUUAAGAAUUGCGAUCCAAAAAUUCCUUUAGAGAAUGCUCUCUAUAUUUGUAUAACUUUUUUUGUACUUUGCGCGAG